AUGGAUCGCAACCAGUCUCCUGGCCUCGGCCCUCGUCAUGAUGCCUCAUCAAGAGUGCAAAAGCCCGAAUCUGCUGCAGACAGGAUGGCUGCGCUAAAAGCACGUGUUUCCGCAGCUAUCGGUACUAGCAAAGCAAAGGGUGGCUUGAAAGUUGGACUUCACCCUGCCUUGGAAGACUUGGGAUCAUAUAACAAAUCGAAGGAAUCAACACCAGCACCCUCAGGCGUAAGAUCAGAUAAGCCUCGAUCGCAAGAUGCGUCUAGAUCAGCUUCUAUCAACAGGGAAAGCGGAGAAAACCCGUAUUUCGACCCAAGCUCCUCAACACAACCAGGCGGAGGAAAAGCGCGCCAGUCUCGAUCACUCGUGUUCAAUCAGAAGGGCAAAUAUAUAGCACAAGCCAAUGCUUUACGUCGACAGGCCGCCCUGGAGGCGAUGAAGAAACGAAUCGCAGAGCAAACUCGAAAAGCCGGCAUUGAUGACGACCUAGACGUGGAAAGAAACUUUGUAGUGGAAGCACCCCCUGCAAUCGAAUGGUGGGACGAAGGACUUGUCGAAGGUGGAAGUUAUGAUGUGCUGGAUGAUCCCUCCAAGCUCAAACUCAUGACACCCGACACUAUCAUCACCGAAUACAUACAGCACCCUGUUGCUCUUGAGCCGCCUCAAGAUGGACUUUUUCCAGCUGCUAAGCCAAUGUUCUUGGUAAAGAAGGAACGACAAAAGCUACGACGACAACGAAGAAUGGCUGAGUUGAAGGAGAUGCAAGCCAAGAUUCGUCUGGGCCUGGUGCCAGCACCCCCUCCCAAGGUCAAAAAGGGCAACCUGAUGCGAGUCCUUGGUGACGUCGCUGUCAAGGAUCCUACUGCCGUCGAAGCACGUGUGAACCGUGAAAUUGCCGAACGCCACCACAAGCACGUCGAAUCAAAUGAGGCAAGGAAGCUCACCAAGGACCAAAAGCACGAGAAACUGGCGGCAAAUCAACAAAAAGAUGCCGAAAAGGGAAUUCACAUGCUCGUUUUCAAAAUUGGAAGCCUGGCGAACGGACAACAUCGAUACAAGAUUGGCGUCAACGCUGAUCAACUGGCCCUCACAGGUACAUGCAUCAUGCACCCCAAGUUCAACCUGGUUAUCGUUGAGGGAGGCGAAUGGGGUAUCAAGAAGUUCAAGAAGCUCAUGCUUAACCGAAUCGACUGGACCGAGAAUUCGCCGUCAAGAGAUCGAGACGGAAAGCAAGGCGCAACACGCGACUGGCUCCUUGCUGAAAAGGAAACCGGCGAGCUCAAGGACAUGUCGAUGAAUGAAUGCAAGCUCAUCUUCGAAGGCGAAGAGAAGGCUCGAGCAUUUAGAAAGUGGGGCAGUAAGGUCUGCGAGACAGACUCGGAAGCGAGAGAUGCCCUGGCUCGAACCAAGAUGGACAACUUCUGGCAACUCGCUAAAGGUUUCGCUUAA